AUGGCCGAAGUGCGUCCCACCCUCCGCCAGAGGCGCGCACUCAAGAGCUGCCUCAAGUGCACCCCUCCGAUCACCCCCGAACGCAGUGCCGCUCCUAGCCCAUGCAAUUCAGGACGAACCUCGCCAUCGCUCGUCAGCGACAGCGACUCCUCGGUCAGCAGCUGCGAGAAGAAGACCGUUGUGUUCUGCCCAGAAGAGGAGCUUGAGGAGGUGUUCAUCGCUGAUGAAUGGGAUAGGACGCCCUCGUCUAUGACUCCGAAGCUAUCCUACCAGGAUAUUCUCGAGCUGAAACAGCUCAGAGUCGGCCUCCCCUUUUCCCCACCCCAGCCCACCUCUCGCCAGCCGUUCACCACUUCCUCACCAUCCUCGUCCAACAAGCCGCCCUUCCCCCUCUCCCGCUUUGCGACUGCCCCCUCGCACACCCCCUCUAAGUGGAAGAACCGGUCCGAACCUUCCGUCGACCCGCAGAUCCUUCCUUACUUGGACGCGGUCCCCAUCCGCCUCCUCCCUCUCCUCCCGGACUCCCCAGAGCCUUACCCCGCCCCUCCUCCCGAGCCGCAUCCUCAAACACCCACCCCGACCGCUUCGCCGGAGUCGCGUCCCUCUGCUCGUCCUCACCUCGAGCCCCCAGAGCUCAAGAUCGCGCCUCCAGCGCUCAUCCCGACUUUCCCACCUCCGUCGAAUCCACCCCCGAAGAGACUCGGCUUUACCUUCCUCCCUUUGCUGCCCGUCGAGGAAGCUCCGUCAAUACCUUCUCCCAUCAUUCAGCCCAGUGUCCCGCCUCCCCCAAGGCGCAAGUUCAACAUGACCUUUGUACCGGUCAACGCUGGCCCGGAGUCUGUAACGGAGUCGUCGCCUUCAGUGCAUGACUGCGUAAGUCCCAACGCGAGCACGGAACUGGGCGGUGGGGUGGGAAUGUCCGCCAGUGCUGAUCUGAGCCCAGACGUCCGCCACCUCGGCUCUGUGACCCAGAUUCCAGAGCCCUCUCACCCCUCCCCUUUCAUCUCCACCUCAUCCUCAGUCGCCCAAACCUUCUCUAUGCAGUCUUCACGGAUAGCCCUGUCUCGCCCUCAGCUCUCGGCCUCUUCCAGCUCGACCGAGUCGGACACUGAACCUGAAACGGACGGAUACACCGACACAGACGCGGAGAGCGACGCGCCGAGCACGAGCACGUUCAACAGCUCGCUUCCUUCCCCACCCUGCGAUUGUGAAGGCGACGGCGUUUUGGAAGGUCUCAAGUCGGGGCCGGAGCUAGCAGGUUCAUGCCCCCGCAUAUACAUGGAGGCCGAGCCAGGGUCAUACUUCCCUGCCAUCGUUGCGGUCCCCCAUGCGGAUUGCGCCCCCCUUCCUGUUGUCCCUCCGGCGGAAGCACACAUUGGCUUUCCAUCGUCUCCGCCGCAGUCCAGCGGACCUGGCCGGACCCCUCCGCUGUCUGUGCUCUACCCCUCUCCCAGACGACAAGCCGUUACGCUACCUGGAGAAGCGGACCCCUCUGUCUUGCCCCUAUCCCUCGAGACCGACGUAACCGCCCACAUCAUACCUUCGAGCAUCCACGCGGUCCUCACGCCCGACUCGUCGAUGCCAUCCACCCCGCUCUCGUUGAACCCUCUGCUACGGCACAAGUUGACGCUCGAGGCCCUGCCCAGCCCUUCACUCGUGCCGCCCAGUCCGUUCGAGCUGGAGCCUCACACGAUCGCGAAGAUGUCUGCCUCUGGCCGGCUCAAUGCCUCCAUGAUGGCGAACGAGGCGUCCAAGGCGCUCGGGGUCCUACACCUCACCCCAACCGCACGGGCGGCUGACGCUGAUUUGCCUACGCCGGAAACGUCGCCCAUGCCGACGCUGGAGAACAUGCGCGUUCAGUGGGACUCGCGCGAGCGGAGUACCAUCGCAGUCGGGGUCGCGGAGAUGCUGGCCCCGAGUCUUACGAGGAGGAAGUCAUCGUAG